AAUGUCAUCACCAUGAGUCUGGUCUCGCAUACCGCCGACAUUAGAAGUCACGAGUCACUAGAGAUCCCCUCGUCAGACUGAAAUAGCAGAAGUCUUCAGCAUGUCUCGAUCCCAGAGACCCAAAUCCAUGAUCUUCCCAACCGGAUAUGGCCGGAACACACCCGGACUCGGAGGGUCCGUUGUUGGUGACAGUGACGGUGGCAGGCGUGCGGUCUCUAGACAAGGAUACGAUCAAACGGAUUCGGGUGAAGCUGCAGGCGAUGAACAACGGCAGAUCAAAGCACUUCAAGAGAUGCUACAGAGGAAGGAUCAAUCCAUACACAAACUUGCCUCGGAGCUCAACGAUACUCGAGCCGACAAGGAUCAGCUGGAGAAGCUGUUUGACGGAUCUCAAUUGGAAAAUCAAAAGUGCUUGCAACAGAUCAACGAUUUCAGAGAACACGUCAGGACGCUGGAAGCCGCGUUGAUCAGAAUCAACGGGCCUGGGUGGAGGGAGGAGUUCAGCAUACCGCCGACCCCUGGUCCGAGGUCUCUAGCAACACCAAUCCCAAAUAUCGGGAUCCUGCAAAAGAACAGGUUCCCCUUCGGUUUUACUGGAGCCGAAGUCAAGGCCGUGUCGGAAGCCGAUUCGUCAGACGACAGCAUUGAGGAAGUAGUUGACAGCAUGAGGCGAUAUGCAAACGGCAGCAAGGUAGCCAAUCGAAAUGAACCGGCUCAGCUCAAUCGCAUCAGGUCUCCUCUGAUGGAACAGCUGGACGAUCACACUCUGUCAAGCUCCAUCUCCGAUGAUGACGGAGACAUCAAGGAAGGCGGACCGGGACCUGUCCCUCUCCACGACGGCCAAACCCCCGUUGCCAUACCCAUCUUUCCCACGACGCCGGAUCUCCAGCCCAUCAUCUCGCUCAUCUCGUCCUUGCACGCAACUUCCCACGCCCAAUCGAGCGAGCUCGUUUCAGCAAUUCUCGACAAUCACGAUCAGAAGCUCGCCCUUGAUCAUGCCGAACGAGAACAGAACCGGCAGACGGUAGUUCAGCAGGUACAGGAUGCGCAGGCGGAGGUCGCACGAGCUUGGGAGGAUAUGAGGCAGCAGGACGACGUGCGAGAACACAACUUGAAACGAUUGCUCGAAGAGGCGAUCGAACGUCUACAGCGAUUUGAUGGCGGCGUUCCCAAUGCUCUUUCCGGCGCUAUGCCGGAAGCGACCUCGGUCUGAGCCUCUCAUACAGGCUUCUGGCCACCAGUACGACAACAAACGAUACCAUCUCACGAUCCUUCCAAAUUACCACAGAAUCGCAUACCAUAAUGAGCCUUGUUCCCUUCUUUCGCAGCCAGACAUAUGGUUCCCACGAUU